CGUGUCUUCUUUUUCCUACGUGUCAUUGGCCAAAUAAUCUGUGCCUGGUUGGCACAAUUAAAAGACAAAAAAUGAAUCGAAUUGAAUUUACUUUUUAACUGUUUUACUAAUUUAAGGUUUAUUUGUAUCCUUCCGUCCAAAACAAUCAAUUGAAAUAGGUUUUUAGAUAGGAGAAGUAGUAAAAAAUUAAAAUGACCAACAUCAAAAUUAUCGCUAAAGUUUUUGGAGGUUGUUGUUUAAAUGCUUUUUUAAUGGAAGUAUUGAUGGCGAGAACCCCACAGAGUGCUAAUUUAGUGACGUUUCUCCAAUUCGUCUUCAUAACUUUACAAGGUUUUAUAUCUUUAAAAUCUACAGUGUUUAAACCGAAAAUUCCUUUAAGGCAAUAUUUUUUAUUAACAUCAAUUUUUUUUAUUACUAGUGUAGCUAAUAAUUAUGUGUACGCUUUACACGUGCCUUCAACCCUUCAUAUGAUUAUAAGAUCUGCAUCAUCAGUAGCCAGUAUGUUAGUGUCUUGGUAUGUAAAAAGAAAAAGACCAAGAACGAAUGCCAUGAUUGGUUCAGUGAUAAUCAGUAUUGGAGUAUCACUUGCAACAUAUGGGGGUGCCACAGUAGUUGAGGAUAGAACAGGAAAGUUUUUGCACUGGUGCUUAGGAGUAUCUAUUCUAUUAUCUAUGUUAAUAGUUGGUGCUUUUGUCGGUUUGCAACAAGAGAUAUUAUAUAAUAAAUAUGGAAAGCAUCCCGAAGAGAUGCUCUUCUUUUCUCAUUCAUUACCACUGCCUUUAUUCUUAGGAAUGUCCAUACAACUCUACAAUACAGUUUUUACUUUGACGUCUAUGUGUUGGUCAAUUCUUGCAAUGAAUAUUUUAACACAAUACUAUUGCACACAAUCCGUCCAUGAAUUAGCUACUAAGGAAACAUCUUUGACUGUGACAUUUAUAUUAACGAUAAGGAAGUUUGUCUCACUGUUAAUUUCAUCUGUAAUUUUUGAGAACAAUCUGACAAUUCUUCAUAUUAUAGGGACAGUACUUGUUAUCACAGGAACGUAUUUCUAUUUUGAUUUUUUUACUGAGAGAAAACAAAGGCCAGUCAGUAUUAAUGAUAGUAGAUACAAAACAAAGCAGAAAACUAUUUAAUAAGCAUUACUUUUAUAUAAUAUAUAUGAAGUUAUUUAAUUAAAGAAUCUUACAAUUAUAUAGGUCUGGCUGCUAAAUAAAUUAUAAAAUAUAUUUUGAAUGUUGA